GGUCAUUUGGGGGGGAAACAGUCAGACUUUGCGGCCCUGUAUGUAAUUUUCUAAAUAUUCUACUCGCUUUAUAUCGUCCAGUAAAUCAAAUAUUUUUUUACUGAGAAUGGAGGAGUUGAGCUCUCAUCCCCCGCCUUGUUCACACCUCACCACUCUGCCGGACUCGAUCACACCGACGGCCAAGAUCAUCUGCGAGAUCCUCUUCCGCCAAUCGCCGCAGCAAAUCUGCCCCGCCCUCGCCUCCACCGGAAUCGUCCCCACCCCCGACGUCGUCAUCGAAGUCCUCCGCCUCUCCUACGACUACCCCUUCUCCGCCGUCAAGUUCUUCCAAUGGGCCGGCCUCGCCCACAAGCACUCCCCCAAGGCCUGGAACCUCAUCGUCGACCUCCUCGGCCGCAACCGCCUCUUCGACUCCAUGUGGGACGCCAUCCGCUCCAUGCGCGACGAAGCCACUCUCUCCGUCACCACCUUCGCCUUCGCCUUCGCCAACUACUCCGCCGCCGGGAGGUUCGACGACGCCGUCAUGACGUUUCAGGUCAUGGACAAGUACGGAAUUUCGCAACGCGUCGCGGCCGCGAACUCGCUCCUCAGCGCCAUGUGCGGCCAAAACGGCGGCGUUUCGAAGGCUCUAGGGUUUCUGGAGACGAUGAAGGGGAGCGAGGAGUUCGGCCCCGACGGGGACUCGUUCGCCAUUUUGCUGGAAGGUUUGGAGAAGGAAGGGAAUCUAGCGACAGCGAAGACGGUGUUUGGGGAGAUGGUGGUGAGAGUCGGGUGGAGCCCGGCGAACAUGUCGGCUUACGACGCCUUCUUGACGACGCUGGUGAGGGGCGGGGAAACCGAGGAGGCUGUGAAAUUCUUGGGAGUGAUGAACAAGAACGGAUGCUUGCCAGGUUUGAAAUUCUUUUCCAAUGCUGUUGAUAUUCUUGUUAAGGAAAAGAGUGCCGAGAAUGCUGUAUUGGUUUGGGAUAUUAUGGUUGGUAAUGGCUUGCUUCCUAAAUUGUCGAUGUAUAAUGCGAUGAUCGGAUUGAUGUGCGAUUGUAAUGAGGUGGAUCAUGCGUUUCGGCUGCUUGAUGAGAUGGUGUUCAAUGGUGCUUUCCCUGAUUGUUUUACUUAUAAUGCUAUAUUCAAGUGUUUGAUUAAGAACAACAAGGUUCGCGAGGCGGGCAAGUUCUUUGUGGAGAUGGUGAAGAAUGAGUGCCUGCCGACACAUUUCAACUUUGCUGCGGCCAUCACCAUGUUUUUCGAUGGGGAUGACCCGGAAAUGGGGGUCGAAAUUUGGAACUUUAUGGUUGAGAACCGUGUGGAGCCUCUUGAUGUUGCUGCCAAUGCGUUGCUUUUGGGUCUUUGUAAGUUGGAUAGGUUGUCGGAGUUGAGGAGGAGUGCUGAUGAUAUGCUCGAUAGAAGGAUCAGCAUUUAUGAAUCGACUAUGGCGAGCUUGAAGAGCGCCUACUAUAAGGAUGGCAGAGGUGCAAAGGAUAAAUAUGAUGGCUUGGCAAGGAGGUGGAAGACCUCUUUAGCUCGCUAGGGAUGGCGACUUCAAUUGCUUAGUUUGAUCUGUAUAGAAGUUCUGCUCUUUUGGGUGUAGAAGACCGCACUGGCUAACAAGCAGUGUUCCUGCGUCCAUAAUGUGCAUGUAGCUGGUUGUGUUUCCGGAGCUUCGGGUGGUUGAAAGGACACAUUAGAGGGAGCAUUUGUAGCAUAUUUGGUGCUUGUGCUCCUUUUAACUUGUUGACAGUUUGUGUCAAACGGUUGCUGGUGUGCUCCAUGGAAAUAUAUGUUUAUUCAAGCUGCGAGCUUUUA